GUACAUUCAUCACAUUUUUGUUUUGGAUAAUUCCACCUACCUACGACAACUUUUUCAUAAUAUUAUUAACUUUAUUUGUUUGAUGAUUAAAAAUAUUAUAUCCUUCUAUUAGAAGGAAUGAUUCACAUGUGUUGUAGUAUAAUGUAUGACUCUCUACGUCAAAUAUUUAAAAACAAGAUUUAUUUGACUUUCACAUGUAUAUAAACACGGAUAUAUAUACAGAUAAUACCUUACUUCUCCUUCUCACACCAUUUUCCGGCAACUAUUUAUUAUUUUCCGGGCGACUAUUGCUUGUCUUUUUUUAACGGCAAAUUUAGAUCACUGACGGACCACUGGAGUAUCAUCAUACAACCCAAUCAUGCAGACUGGUGGGGAUGGAAGUUUUGAGAUUGUUACCGGAAAGCCUGAAAGCGUUGUUCCGCGGUUAGAUUUGACCGGAUCCGGCCAUGUUGGAAGGCCGGAAAACUUUUCACAUUAUGUUGCACGACAACUUGGAUUUAAGGAUGCAAAUGAGUGUCCGAAAUUGAGCAAAUUGGCAUCGGAAUAUGCAAGAAGCUCGAAAGCAUUCGAGGAUGACCUAUAUAGGUAUUUUUCAAAGGAAAAAGAGGUGGAAUCACUAUGUGAAAAGCUUGAUGAAGAGCUUGAAAGAUGCAUUCUUGCAUACUUUGCAUUUCAUUGGAGCCAAGCUUCGGAUAUGAUCAGUCAGGUGUUGAGCGAUGGAUCCGAAGAGAAGAGGAUUAGAAACAUGUUCUUGACAGCAACAAGAAAGCAAAGAUUUGAGAGAGUUUCAAAGGAUUUGAAAGUGACGAGGGCAAUCUCAACAAUUGUGGAGGAAAUGAAACUGAUAGGAUCUAACUCCUUUAAAAGAGACGAUUGCGAUGACACCUUCACAGAGGUGUUGGUGCCGGUGGCUCAUUCCGCCAGAAGCCCUGUGCUUCUCUUCAUGGGCGGCGGAAUGGGAGCUGGAAAAAGCACUGUACUCAAAGAAAUUGUUAAUGAGGCGUUUUGGUCGGGCGCUGCAGAAAAUGCGGUAGUGGUGGAAGCCGAUGCUUUUAAGGAGACGGAUGUGAUUUACCAAGCACUUAACUCAAAGGGAAAUCAUAAUGACAUGCUUCAAACCGCCGAGUUGGUGCAUCAAACAUCUACGGAUGCAGCUUCGUCUGUAUUAGUAACCGCGCUAAAUGAUGGGAGAGAUGUGAUCAUGGAUGGGACAUUGUCAUGGGAACCAUAUGUUGAACAAACAAUUGCCAUGGCGAGAACCGUUCAUAAACAUCGUUAUCGCAUGGGUGUCGGCUACAAGGUCUCCGAAGAUGGAACCGUCACCGAAAAGUACUGGGAAAAGUUAGAAGAAGUAGAUAAACCGAAGAAACCUUAUAGAAUUGAGUUGGUUGGAGUUGUUUGUGACCCUUAUCUUGCAAUUACUAGAGGAAUUAGGAGGGCUAUAGCUGUAAAAAGGGCAGUGAGGGUAAAUUCACAAUUGAAAUCACACAAGAGAUUUGCUAAUGCAUUUCCAAAGUAUUGUCCUCUUGUUGACAAUGCAAAGCUCUAUUGCACCAAUGGUAGUGGAGUCCCUCCAACCUUAAUCGGGUUCAAAGACGUUAAUAGCAACCUACUAGUUGAUCCAGAUCAAAUCAAAUGCUUGAAAACGCUAAGCAAUAUAAAUGAUGAAGCGGAUUCCAUAUGCGAGCUUUAUACGGACAAGAAAAUGUUAACUGAUACUGACUCGAUGUGGAAAGAACUUGUCUUGAAGCCGGAUAGAAUGGAAAGUCAACGUGAAUUAAAAGUUGUGAUCGAGAAAAUUGAGAAGUCAAAAUCGUAACAUAUAUUCCCGAAGUUUAAGAUUGAUUUGUUGUGCGUACAAUUAUAAUGUAUUUUAAGCCACAUCUUGUUAUUUAAUUUAUAGCCACUUCUUGUUAUUCAAUUUA